AUGUCCUACCGAGAUCGACCUUCGUACGACUCGUCUCGUCGCACCCAAGACUACCCAAGCCGUGACGGGCGUGAUUCUCGUGACUCGCGUGACUCGCGGGACUCGCGGGACUCCUCCCGGUCGUACGGUGCCGGUGCAGCAAGGGCCGCGACCUCGUAUGCCGACUUGGAUAGCAGCAACACGACAUUCAACGGGGACAGGGAUAGACGACGCUACGACGACUACGCUAGAGAUGAUCGGCGUGGCAGCGACGGUGGUGCGAGGAGGAGACGGGACGAUGACGGUGACGAGGCUUCGUACUCUUCGACUGCACGACGAGCAUCGCCACCUCGACGCAGGCGAUACGAAGAGGAUGAUACACGAUCCAGUCACGACUCACGACGAGGUGCAAGUGAGAGGGACUACCCUUCUUCUUCGAGGAACGGGGAGCGUAGGGAUCGGUCGCGCUCUCGCUCUCGUUCACCCCCCAGACGAAGAUCGGAUCAUCAGCGACGUUCCUCUCCACCUUCAAGACCUCAAGAUCCUCAUCAGCAACGACGAGCUUCUCCCUCUCGAUCCGUAUCCCCGAACGCCUCCAAGGCCAACGGUGACGCCUCCGCUCAAGUCGAGGAAGAGGACGAGGACGAUUCAGCCGCGGCGAUGGCGGCGAUGAUGGGCUUUACGUCGUUCGAUUCGACGCAUGCCAAGCACGUGCAGGAGGAUCUGGCCGACGUCGAGAUCAAGAAGCCGAGAACCCACCGGCAGUACAUGAAUAGGCUCGGUGGAUUCAAUAGGCCGCUCGACAAGAUCAAGUAG